GAUAAAUCGUGAACAUGAUCUCAUACUGAUAAUUCAGACAUGAACUUUUCCUUUGGGAUCGCGUUUUUAUUCAAAGCUGAAACAAUGUGCAGUGAACUGACGACAGUAAUCUAUUACCUGUGCUGAGGAGGCAACGAGCCCCACCUGACUGCGAGUCUGAGCGCAUGACACCAAGAGAGGUGAGUCCACUCUCAGUCACACUGGGACCAAAGACCGGAACAGAGACCUCCCCACCCCCUGCGGAGACACAGUUAGUAGGCCUAUCACUGCUAUUCAUUUAUCAUCACAGUCAUUUUUUUAUUAUUUCAGUCAUUAUUUUAUUAUUACAUUUUUAUUAUUUCAAUUUCCGAGGAUAAGUACUCGAGGAGCACUUUUCUGGGUAUUGGUUUGCCCUUCUGCUGUCGGAGGACGGAUCUCAAUUUAAAAAAGACGCAUAUAAAUGAAGAUGCAACAGGAUUUUUCCUCCCGUACUGUUUUUAUUCUUCACUGAGAGGUCAGAGGAUGGUCUGUGCGGCAGGAGCCGCUGGAAAGAAGAGAAGCGGAUUUACACGUGGAUACUAAUGACUUGUCAGCACUUUUAAAAUCACUCUCUCGGUGGAAAAAAAAAUGGAAAACUACACGACGUGGAGUAAUUUCACGCAAGUUCUGUCGGAGCUGGACGGGACGGGCGGCGGGGAGGAGGAGGAGGAGGGCGGCGGGGAGGAGGGCGGCGGGAGCGGGGCAGGGAGCGGCGGACUGCGCGUCCUCGUCGGCUGCGUCCUCUUCCUGCUCAUCGUGUCCACGCUGCUCGGGAACACGCUGGUGUGCGCUGCCGUGGUCCGGUUCCGCCACCUGCGCUCCAAAGUCACCAACUUCUUCGUCAUCUCGCUGGCCGUGUCCGACCUGUUCGUGGCCGUGCUGGUGAUGCCCUGGGAGGCCAUCACCGAGGUGACCGGCACGUGGCUGUUCGGACGGUUUUGCGGGGUCUGGAUCGCCUUUGACAUCAUGUGCUCCACAGCCUCCAUUUUGAACCUGUGCAUAAUCAGUGUGGACCGCUACUGGGCCAUCGCCAGCCCGUUCAAGUACGAGCGGAAGAUGACUCACCGGGUGGCGUUUGUCAUGAUCGGGGUGGCGUGGACGCUGUCGAUCCUGAUCUCCUUCAUCCCAGUGCAGCUCAACUGGCACCAGGCCGGGGAGGAGGAGGAGGAAGAAGAGCUGAAGGAGGAGGUGGGGGAAAUGAUGGCCAUCAGUGGCAGGAACUUCACGAACAGCAGCAACACCAGCACCUUCGCCAAGAGCUGCGUCGCCAACCUGAACAAAACCUACGCCAUCUCCUCCUCCUUCAUCAGCUUCUACAUCCCAGUGGUGAUCAUGAUCGCCACCUACACCCGGAUCUACAGGAUUGCUCAGACCCAAAUCCGCCGGAUCACCUCUUUGGAGAGGGCGGCGGAGCAGGCACAGAACCAAGGCCAUGGUGUGAACCGGAACCACCAGCAGCAGCACAGGCCCAAUGAAGAAGCCUCAUUGAAGUCGUCGUUUAAGAAGGAAACCAAAGUCCUGAAGACGCUCUCCAUUAUCAUGGGGGUGUUUGUCUUCUGCUGGCUGCCAUUCUUUGUCCUCAACUGCACGGUCCCGUUCUGUGACCCGCCCUGUGUCAGCGACACCACCUUCACUGUCUUCGUCUGGUUCGGCUGGGCCAACUCCUCCCUCAACCCGGUCAUUUACGCAUUCAACGCAGACUUCCGUCGGGCCUUCACCACCAUUCUGGGUUGCAACCACAUCUGCUCAAGCAACGCGGUGGAGGCUGUGAACUUCAGCGACGAGCUUGUUUCUUACCACCAUGACACGACACUCCACAAGGAGGCGCUGGUCCCUGCGCAGCUGCAGCAACAUCCUCGCACCAUUAACGUCGGGUCCGACCACCUGGAGGACAUGAGCGCUCAGUUUGAUGAGGAAUCGAUCAUCUCCAAUAGUUCCCGGAGCCACAACAGACUGCUGCUGCUUCCUGCCACCGUCCAGCUCGAGGAUGACCCGGAAAUCUCCUUGGAAACGAUCACGCCGUUCACCUCGGCCGCGGGCCUUGAGAGUGAUGCUCUAAUACCAGGACAAGUCCACCAGGAUGGAUAGGACAGACUGAUAGCCAUAAACAGGAAGUUAGGCUGUGUUGCCUUGAAAAUAAAAACAUAAACUUCAGUUCAACUGUAAUCAAACUUGUCCUCCACAGUCUUUUGAUUAAUUUGAACUAAUGGAGGACUUUAAGACCUUAUGAUAACCCAGCUGAUCUUCAAAACCUGAAGAAACACAACACACGAGAGAGACUUGAUUGUACAGCCUAACCUUCAGAUAAAAUGCCAAUAUCAGUAAUUAUUGAACUUUUUCUUUGUGACUGAGGGACUGUUUCGUUUAAUUUUUGUGUUUGAACUUUUUUAAAUGGAAGCAGAUUUAGUUAGUGGACCUAAGUGACACAGUAAGGCUGGAGAUUAAAUGAUGAUUUUUAGGGAAUUGAUCCUAAUUUAUUAUACAGCACAAUUGAAUGUUUCAGUUCUUCAAUUUCUGCACUGUAUGUAAAUGUAAAAAAUGGUGUCUGCUGUUUUCAUGAUAAAGGCUGAUACAAUGAGUCAAGGUGAAGGUUUAGGUUAAAGGAGUAAAUUCAGUCUUUGAAACAAAAGAGACAUAAAGCCGUGUUGUUUCAGACUGUGCUUCCUUUUGAAGGCGGCGUCCAGUGAAGGUCGAGCCUUUGGGCUGGACGAAGUGUUCAUGUUGAAACGCAGAGUGAAGAAAGCGUUCUGUGUGAACAGAAUUAAAAGGAGGAAACUUCAAAGUUCAGAAGCACCUUCAAAGGACAAUGCCAGUAAUUUUGCUUCUUUUAGCCUUUUAAUCCAAAUUGCCUAUAUUACAAAUUAUAGACAACUAUAUAUCAAAGAACACCAUAAUAUUUUAGUGAGGUUCUCUGCUUUCCCGAAGGACAGUCAUUCCAGUAUAGGGGUAUAACGGUACACAAAAUUCGUGAUUCGGUAUGUACCUCGGUUUUAGGGUUAUGGUUCGGUACAGCAGGGAACUCCUACAGCAUUCGUUAUUACUUUGGCACGGUCAGAAUCUGCAGUGACUUCAGCUGAACGAUGUCCGAAUCCAGUCUGACACUAAUCGUUGCCCAUUUUCGCUGUAACUAACCGGGAAACCGUAAUGCUCCCAUACAACGGAUCUAAAUGUCACGGGAGGAUCCUCCAGCUCUGGUCUUGUGUUUGCCAUUCGCAGGCACUUCAUGAGCUUGGCUAACUUGGCUAACCGGACUAAGCCGACUAGCAUGCUACAGCUGACAGACAACAACUGGUGCGCUGCUAAAUCUUUCAGAGUAAAACUUGUGCUCUAGAAUUUCUGUUCUGUGCAUGUGAGUCGACAUAUGUAGACUAUUUUGACAGAAACUGCUUGGGUCACAUGGCGUACCGAACUGAGGAAAUCACACACCGGACCGAACAUCCUGUACAUACGGUUCGGAUCGAAUACACGUAUUGUUACACCCCUACUCCAGUGUAUGCAAGAAUUUAAUUUGCAGGAACUCGCCCUGGACUGUCACUGUUGGUGCAUUAAAGGAUGAUCCAGCAUCUGAGAACUGAGAGAUGGCUCCUGUAACAGCAGCCUUUUUGAUCAAAUUCUCACUAGUGAUUUUUACUUCUGGAUUCAGUUUUCUUUCAACAGAGUGCAAUCGUUUUGGUAGUCAAUUAUCAAUUAUCAGGUGUUGGAGCAUGUAAUGUGACCCAAAAAAUAAAGUUUACUGAAUGUUAACUGUGAUAGACAGAUUACCUAUUUUGAACAAAUAUAAAAUCUAAUUUUCAUAAUUUUCUGAAAUUAAGUGAAAUCAGUGGCAGCCCAAAGGAAGGAAAUCAAUCUAAAAUUUGUGGUAUUUUUGGAAUUUUUUUUGGGUGGUAAUUCAAUCGCAUAUAUAAUUUGUAGUUAUUGGGCUAAAAUGCAGAAUUAUGGGCAUGGCCCUUUUAAAAUACUGAUUAGCUUUGCAACAAGGUUAGUAGUUAACAGUUAGUUAGUAGUUAAAGUUAAUUAGUGCAAGAUUACUGCAGAAGCUUCUUGUAUGUAUGAAAGGACUGUUGAGGUUGUUAAUAAAGAUUGGGUUCACAACAAAA